AUGUUGCAAGAGAAAAACAAAGGGCACCGAAGAAACAACAUCAGGAGUCGAACACCUACUCUAUCUUUUACUGGUGUUACUGAUUCGUUAGGGGUACCUUUGUUGAAUGAAAAUAUGAUCAACAUCUGGACAGAGGAGAAACGUCACGUGAAAUCCUUGUGCACGUGGAAGUCCUCACUGGAAUCCUUCCAUAACCACUUAGCGAAGUUUAUUCCAGGUACUAGCGCAAACGCUGUUAACUUUCAAGCAUAUCUCCUAGAUGGACUGAUGAGAUGGAACGUUCUGAGAAAGGAUGCAGUAAAUGUGGACAAGGAACGUCUGAGGUCAUUCGACUCAGAGCUGGUGUACCAUCUAAAUCAUAUAUAUAUCGGUUCAUGGCUCCUCCUUAUUAACCAGCCAUUUAACAACGAUGUGAUUUCCUGCAACAUCAACGACGGAGUGGUAGUAGAUGAUGCUGGUUACGAGUCCUUGGACGAGAGAGAUGUACUAAACGACCUGGUUCCAACAGAAAUAACGGUACAAGAGAUUGAAAACGAAGAAACCAGCGUUGAUGUAUUGGGAGAUAGCACAGACUCAAGAGGUAUUCCUGGCUGGCAUAAAGUGGACGCUUUGGCAACAUAUUUACUAUCCAUUGAUGGAUUGAGCAUUACCACCGCCGCGUCAAACGAAAUUAUUCGGCUGUACAAUCAAUUGGACAGAUACGACAAAGCUCCAAUACAUUAAAAUCCAAUGAUAAAAAAAAUAGCUAGGGGAAGAUUUGCUUCCACAAAACGCAGCAGUCAUGUUAACAUAGUCUCCAUGAAAAGAUGUUUCUUGACAGGUGGCUCGCCUGCAUUAUCGCCAUCCAAAAGUAGGUUAGUUGAAGCUAUCUGCAUCAAACUUUGCAGCAGUAUGGUUGGUCCAUCAACAAUAAAUACAUCAACCGGAGAAAGAAAAUACUGUUCCAGAUGGCGGCUGAUUUUACCUGCAUAUAACAACGUAAGGGCAAGACCUUUUAACAGGCACAACUCAUCAACAGCAGUGCUAAUAUUGUUUUGUAUAAUAAACCAGCCGUUUCGGCAGGAAGUUCUGCGGCGUAUUACUGAUUUAGUAUGACUGAUUUAAAAUUGGUCCGAAAAUUAAAACUACUUUAUUUUCGACAAAAUUUGACAAAGGUAACAAAAAAAUUAUGCCGAACAUGAUGGUUACAUCAAAAUUUUGCUUUUUGUCACCUAAAUGUUAUUUUAAGCUAAAAUUGGUCAAAAAAUUAAAAUUACUGCAUUUUCGACAAAAUUUGACAAAGUAAACAAAAAGGUAUGCUGAACAUGAUGGUGAUAUCAAAAUUUUGAUUUUUUGUCACCUAAAUGUUAUUUUAGGCCAAAAUUGGUCCAAAAAUUAAAAUUACUUUAUUUUCGACAAAAUUUGGCAAAGUUAACAAAAAAAGUAUGCUGAACAUGAUAGUGACAUUAAAAUGUUAACUUUCAACCAUGAAUGAUAGGCUGUAUUUUUUCUUUUUUUUUACUAAUAUGGUUUUUUUAACUAAAGCUAUUUCCUUUUUCGAACAAUUAAGAUCGUAUAUUAUUUUUCUUUAUUUUGCUUUUUGUCACUGAGUGACUUUCUUAUACCCCGUUUU